UGUGAAGAGCGGUAGAUUUCGCGGCAAAACGCAUGCGCCUGAGUUCUGUAGCGCGCGGAACUAAAACAAUCACAUUGACAUUAGACAUUUAAAUUCUCUGGCUUGGGGAGAAGAACUGUCCACCGCCAUCAAUUCUUAGUGUACUUUAUUCCAUUUGCAGUAAAAUGUAUAACCAUGGGAAUUAUGGGGAGAGCAUGGGUGGAGGAUACACACAGUCUCCAGGAGGCUUUGGUUCUCCUUCAGCCUCCCAGGGUGGAGAUAGGAAAGGGAGGACACGGGCCCAACACAUCAUCCCCUGCACAGUGUCCCAAAUCAAGUCUGCUGUCCAGUCAGAGGAUGUUUUCAGAGUGGGGGAGGUGGAGGUUGCUCAGGUCACAAUAGUGGGUGUGAUCAGAAGCAUGGACAAAUCCAUGACCAACAUCCAGUACAUAGUGGACGACAUGACCGCCGCUCCUAUGGAUGUGAAGCAGUGGGUAGACACAGAGGAUCCUGGUGUGGACAGCACAGUCAUCCCCCCAGGCACCUAUGUCAAGGUCUCUGGUAAUCUUCGGUCUUUCCAGAACAAUCGUUCUCUGGUGGCCUUUCGUGUUAGGCCCUUGGAGGAUAUGAAUGAGAUCACCUCGCACAUGCUAGAAGUGGUGCAUGCCCAUAUGCAGCUGAGCAAACCGCAGGCAAUGAUGGAUGGUGGUAGCGGAUCAGUUGCAAUGAGCUCUGUGCCCAUGUCUAACAUGGGCUCAGGCAACAUGAACAAUAUGGGAGGCGGAGGAUACGCAGGUGCCAACUCGAUGGUUUCCAAUGGACUGAGUCCCAAUCAGAAUCAGGUGUUAUGUCUGAUCAAGAGCUGUCCCGAGCCACAGGGCAUAAGCAUCCAGGACCUCAAACAGCGACUCAGCGGCAUGAGUGUCACAGUCAUCAGGCAAGUGGUGGACUUCCUCAGUAACGAAGGACACAUUUUCUCCACCAUCGACGAAGACCAUUUUAGAUCAACUGACAACGAGGGAUAAGGCUUCCACUUUAGUCUGCAGCACUUUGGUCCCCAACCAGACAUCUUGUCUCCUUGUACCAGGGAUACUAAAUUUAGUCGCUAAGAGCAGUUGGCCGCCGAGACCACAAACUAACAAAAGAAUCACCCGAUUUCCUGCCUUGUCACCCAUGUGGUUCCUGUGAUGAUUGCACGUGGGUGAUGAAUCCCUGACUGGACUAUUUGACAGAACAAGCAGAAAAACAGUUAGUAAGGUCAUUAGUUUUAUAAUGUAAGCAAAAACAUUACUCAUAACAUUACUUGGUGAUAUGUGUCUGUGAAUGUUCUAGUCUGUCUGUUAAACAAAACAAUUAAAAAUAUCUUUUCUUAAA